ACGCGGCGCUAGUGACUUUCUUUCCUACAGGUCUUUUAAAAAACCUUCUACGAUUGCUAUCAAAAGAAAUAGCCUAGAUUAAACUUCCUGAAUGAAUGAAAGUGAUAUCAGAGGAUAUCAUACGUCGGGAUCACAUUGAAGUAAGUUUUUCCAGUGGAUCGCGUGGGCAGACGAGUGGCCAGUACGCGCUAAAGCCAGAGGGGACAUUUGUUUAAACAUUCAACUUCGUACUCAACAAUCAAGCAGUUCCGAGAUAGCUGACUCUCGCUGUCAUUUUUGAACUCUUUUUACAUCUUGGAAUUCCCACAACACGAGAGAAUGCGCCAAGAAAAUUUGACUCUUAUCGGUUCCAAGCAGAAUGACUCUUCUGGGAGUUGGAGAGAAGAAGUUGUUAUAUCCCCGCUUGGGAGAUGGCUUCUGGUUUCUGUGCUUGCUGCAACAACAGUCGUUGUUUUCGUCGGUAACACUCUAGUCCUUAUCGUGCUUCACAAGCAAAGAAGGACUGCAGGUCAAAGAGUUAUAAACAUGUUUCUUGCCAACUUAACAUUGAUAGAUUUGUCUGUGUCAUUCAUUGUUUUACCCCUUUCCAUGACUACAUAUAUUCAUGGAAGUUGGCCGUUUGGGGAGACUUUUUGUGAGAUUAAUGGAUUCACGACGAUGAUUAUUGGAAUAUCAGGCAUUCUUACUAUGACUGCCAUUGCCGUCGACAGAUAUCGUGUCAUCGUUCUACCAGUUGGUCAGCGGCUCAGAACCAAGCACGCAUGGGCACUGCUUGCCUUUAUAUGGAUAUGGUCAAUAAUCCAAGCUACCCCUCCCCUCUUAGGAUGGAAUAAGUACACAUGGGGCCAAAGCAGCGCAUUGUGUCGGGCCUCCUUCACGCGUGGUGACGGAUAUAUAGAAUCAGUUUCACUUGUUAGCUAUAUUAUACCCCUUUGUAUCAUGGUAUAUUGCUAUGUUUGUGUGUAUCUAAGAGUACGACAGAGUAGACGGAGAAUUGAAAUGUGGGCUCGGUUUAACCAAGACGUCUGGCUAAAAGCCGAGGCUCGUACUGCGAAGAUUGUCUUUACGGUGCUGACGUUCUUUAUCGUGAGUUGGACUCCGUUCAUCGUGAUUUACGCUAUCAAUGGCGCUGGUAAAUCAAUCGUCCCUCUAGCCGCGUUCAGGUUCACAGGAUGGCUAGCUUCAUCUCAUUCAGCAGUUAAUCCAUUGAUAUAUUUGAAAAUGAACAAAAGAUUCAGGAAAGAUUUAAAAGCUGUCUUAGGUUGUCACGACAGCAAGGGCGAUACCAUCAAACAACCAGCUAAUGGAAAAGCAAAGGUUAAAGAGAGAAAACUAAAGAUCCCACAUGUGUUGUUUACAAAUGCUGCGGUAAAAAACGCGAGAACUGACGGAGAAAUACCAACUCGAAUAAACCCACUAAGAAAAGUAGUUCAAACCGCUUGAUAUAAAUAGUUUACAAAUGUUGAACAACCGGCA